ACCCCCUUAAAUUUCAUUUUCUUUCUUUUUAUAAGCAGAAGAAAGAAAGUUUCUGUAAAUUGAUUGAUUUAAUCUUAACAUCGAAGCUAAGAAUUUCUCUUCUUUCAAUCUUUCCCUCUCCCAAAACAAAAACGCUUUCAAAUACAAAACUUCAGACGAAAACGAUGGCGUUUCACAACAACCACUUCAAUCACUUCACCGACCAACAACAACAACAGCCUCCUCCUCCGCCGCAGCAACAGCAACAACAUUUCCACGAAUCCGCACCACCUAACUGGCUCCUCCGCUCCGACAACAAUUUUCUCAACCUCCAGACAUCCGCCUCCGCCGCUGCUACAAGCUCCGAUUCCCCUUCUUCCGCCGCAGCUAACCAGUGGCUCUCCCGAUCCUCCUCUUUCCUCCAACGGGGAGGCGCAGCCAGCAACAACGCAACAGGCUCGGGUGACGUCGUCGAAGACGUCACGGGGGGAGAGGAGUCGAUGAUAGGAGAGAAGAAAGAGGCGGAGAGGUGGCAGAAUGCGAAGCACAAGGCGGAGAUACUCUCUCACCCGCUGUACGAACAGCUUUUGUCGGCACACGUGGCGUGUCUGAGGAUCGCCACGCCGGUGGAUCAGCUUCCGAGGAUCGACGCACAGCUUGCUCAGUCGCAAAACGUCGUGGCUAAGUACUCAACCUUAGAUACCGCUCAAGGACUCCUCGCCGGCGAUGACAAGGAGCUUGACCACUUCAUGACGCAUUAUGUACUAUUGCUGUGCUCUUUCAAAGAACAACUGCAACAGCAUGUUCGUGUUCAUGCUAUGGAAGCUGUUAUGGCUUGUUGGGAGAUUGAGCAGUCACUUCAGAGCUUUACAGGAGUGUCUCCUGGUGAAGGCACAGGAGCAACAAUGUCUGAGGAUGAAGAUGAGCAAGUAGAGAGUGAUGCUCAUUUGUUUGAUGGAAGCUUAGAUGGAUUAGGGUUUGGUCCCCUGGUUCCUACUGAGAGCGAGAGAUCUUUGAUGGAACGAGUCAGACAAGAACUCAAACAUGAACUCAAACAGGGUUAUAAGGAGAAAAUUGUAGACAUAAGAGAGGAAAUACUAAGGAAGAGAAGAGCAGGAAAACUACCAGGAGACACCACCUCUGUUCUCAAAGCAUGGUGGCAAUCUCAUUCUAAGUGGCCUUACCCUACUGAGGAAGAUAAGGCGAGGUUGGUACAAGAGACGGGUUUACAGCUCAAACAGAUAAACAAUUGGUUCAUCAAUCAAAGAAAAAGAAAUUGGCAUAGCAAUCCAUCUUCUUCUACCGUCUCAAAGAACAAACGCAGAAGCAAUGCAGGUGAAAAUAGCGGAAGAGAGCGUUGAAGUCACUCUGAACCUUCGAAAGGAGAGAUCCCCAAUAGCUUGGUAGAAAGUUGGAGACAUGACGGCAGCAAUUCUUACACAAAACAAAACGUAGAACGUUAACUUUUGUGCCAUUACAUGGUAUAUAUGACUUCCAUAUUUCAUAAUUAUUAGAGAACACACGAACCCCAAAAGUAUGAUUUGUAAUAUAUAUGAGGUUUUAGAUGGAUUUUAUGAUAAAAUCGUCACUGCCAUCUCCACCAUGAAUCCAUCAUUAUAUAUUGUGAAUAACA